AGUCGAAUUGACCACCAAGUCCCAGGAAGGGACCCGACCGCGGUCUACGACCCCACACUCGUCUGCGUUUGAAGAAAUGAACACAGAAACAGAACAACACCUUCUUCAUCAUGCCAGAAAUGGCAACACGGAGGAAGUGAGACAGGUCCUUGAAACCAUGAAGAAGAAUGACAUCAUUGGUGACAUCAAUUGCAAAGGAAGAAGUAAGUCGAAUUUGGGCUGGACGCCUCUUCAUCUGGCAUGCUAUUUUGGACAUAAGCAAGUAGUCCAGGAUCUGUUGAAGGCUGGCGCUGAAGUAAACGUGUUAAAUGACAUGGGAGACACGCCGCUUCACCGAGCUGCCUUUACUGGACGAAAGGAGUUGGUAAUGCUUCUCUUGGAAUAUAAUGCUGAUACUUCUGUUGUUAAUGGAAGUGGACAGAGAGCUAAAGAAGUCACUCAUGACAAAGAAAUCCGAGACAUGCUUGAAGCUGUCGAAAGGACUCAACAAAGAAAGCUUGAAGAAGUACUGUUAGCAGCAGCGAGGGAAGGCAAAACAGCAGAACUCACUGCACUGCUCAACAGACCGAAUCCUCCUGAUGUUAACUGUUCCGAUCAAUUAGGAAAUACACCAUUGCAUUGUGCAGCUUACCGAGCUCAUAAGCAGUGUGCCUUAAAGCUUCUCAAAAGCGGAGCUGACCCAAGUCGGAAAAACAAAAAUGAUCAGAAACCUCUUGACCUUGCCCAGGGAGCUGAAAUCAAACAUAUCCUUCUGGGCAAUAAGGUCAUGUACAAAACAUUGAAACGAUAUGAAGGCCCUCUUUGGAAGAGCUCGCGAUUUUUUGGCUGGAGAUUAUUCUGGGUAGUGUUGGAACACGGAGUCCUUUCGUGGUAUAGGAAACAGCCUGAUGCUGUGCAUCACAUUUAUCGCCAGGGAUGCAAACACCUGACUCAAGCAGUGUGCACGGUAAAAUCCACUGAUAGCUGCCUCUUCUUUAUUAAAUGCUUUGAUGACACUAUCCAUGGCUUCAGGGUUCCUAAAAAUAGCCUUCAACAGUCACGAAAGGAUUGGCUGGAAGCAAUAGAUGAGCACUCUGCCUAUAGCACUCACUACUGUUCCCAAGACCAGGUGACGGAUGAUGAGGAGGAGGACACCGUUUCUGCUGCAGACUUGAAGGUAUCUUUAGAGAAAGCACAAACAUGUCAACAGAGACUAGAUAGAGAAAUUUCCAACUUUCUCAAAAUGAUAAAGGAGUGUGACGUGGCAAAAGAAAUGCUCCCAUCAUUUCUUCAGAAAGUUGAGGUUGUCUCUGAAGCGUCCAGAGAAACGUGUGUAGCUUUGAGUGACUGUCUUAAUCUCUUCACCAAGCACGAAGGGGUGAGGAAUUUUAAAUUGGAACAAGAACAAGAAAAAACCAAAAUUUUGUCUGAAGCCCUGGAGACUCUGGCCACUGAGCACCAUGAACUAGAGCAGUCUCUGGUUGGAGGAUCGCCGCCUCUCAGUGUCCUGAGCGAGGACGAGUUCUAUGAUGCUCUGUCAGAUUCCGAGUCAGAACAAUCCCUGAGUCGCCUGGAAGUGGUGAGGGCGCGCCCGCUGGAAGAGGAAGGAGGAGAGCCCUCGAAGGGCAGAAAAGCCAGGAUGUCUGAGGGCACAGACUGUGGCGGUGGAGACGCCCUCUCCAAUGGUGUCAAAAAGCACAGGACAAGCUUGCCCUCUCCUAUGUUUUCCAGAAACGACUUCAGUAUCUGGAGCAUCCUCAGGAAGUGUAUUGGAAUGGAGCUAUCCAAGAUCACGAUGCCAGUGAUAUUUAAUGAGCCUUUGAGUUUCCUGCAGCGACUGGCUGAGUACAUGGAGCACACAUACCUCAUCCACAAGGCCAGCUCCUGCUCGGAUCCCAUGGAGAGGAUGCAGAGCGUGGCUGCGUUUGCUGUGUCGGCGGUGGCUUCUCAGUGGGAUCGGACUGGCAAGCCUUUCAAUCCGCUGCUGGGAGAGACUUAUGAGCUGGUCCGAGAUGACCUUGGGUUCAGACUCAUCUCCGAACAGGUCAGCCAUCACCCCCCGAUUAGUGCAUUUCACGCUGAAGGAUUGAACAAUGACUUCAUCUUCCAUGGCUCCAUCUAUCCCAAACUCAAGUUCUGGGGCAAGAGUGUCGAAGCAGAGCCCAAAGGGACCAUCACCCUGGAGCUCCUUGAGCACAACGAAGCGUACACGUGGACAAACCCCACCUGCUGUGUGCACAAUAUCAUCGUGGGCAAACUCUGGAUUGAGCAGUAUGGCACCAUGGAAAUCACAAACCACAAGACUGGGGACAAGUGUGUUUUGAAUUUUAAGCCAUGUGGCCUUUUUGGUAAGGAAUUACACAAAGUCGAAGGCUACAUUCAAGACAAAAGCAAAAAGAAGCUCUGUGCCCUCUACGGAAAGUGGACCGAGUGUUUAUACAGUGUUGACCUGACCACUUUCGACGCUUACAAAAAGAACGAUAAGAAAAACACGGAGGAGAAGAAGAACAGCAAGCAGAUGAGCUCUUCAGAGGAGUCCGACGAGAUGCCAGUGCCAGAUUCGGAAAGCGUUUUUGUGAUCCCUGGAAGUGUUCUCCAGUGGCGAAUAGCCCCACGGCCUCCCAAUUCAGCCCAGAUGUAUAAUUUCACCAAUUUCGCAAUGGUGCUGAACGAAGUAGACAAAGAAAUGGAGAGUGUGAUUCCUAAAACGGACUGCAGGUUACGGCCGGACAUACGAGCGAUGGAAAACGGAGAAAUAGAUCAAGCCAGCGAAGAAAAGAAGAGGCUGGAGGAAAAACAAAGAACAGCCCGCAAAAGCAGGUCCAAGUCGGAAGAGGACUGGAAGACGAGGUGGUUCCAUCAAGGCCCCAAUCCCUACAACGGCGCGCAGGACUGGCUUUACUCGGGCAGCUACUGGGACAGAAGCUACUUCAAUUUGCCUGACAUUUAUUAAAAUGCAGACAGGUCAAGGCAGUUGGUUAAUUGAAAAUAUGUCUUAAACCUAUGUUUUAAAAAAACUUUGUUUUUUUCUUGAUUUCUACUCAUCCUUUGGGGGAGAAAAGAAAGCCUACUUAGAGCUUGCAUUUGGCCCAGUAAGGCAUAAGGUUGCUCAUGGAUGGUGAUGAAUGGUGAUGAGAUUCGCAGGAAGAACAGAUCGGUCUGCCCUUGGAAGCUUUUAUCUGAUGGGGAGAUAAACUGCCAGGAGAGACACUGUUUCUGGCUUCUGUUGUCGUAUUUCCUGAGGACUGGUACCCUGAACAUAUUAGCUUGAUGAAUUCCACAGUGGUCCCAAAUUAAGUUAUUUUGAACAUUUUCAUGCAUCCAUGCCUGAAUGUGGUAGAUGUAAGUGUGAAACGUGUAGACUUCGGGCACUCCGUUUAGUGCCCCUGCGGAGGAGCGCGUCAUUCUGCACGGACUCAGGCGACAAGUCGGCCUUUCGUCAUGCUCAUGUGGCCCAUUCUUGCCGCCCACACGAAACAAACGCCUGAAUAAUAAUAAUCACAAUAGAGAUUCCUGACUUUAAAAUUCUAAAGAAUUAAACUGGAAAAGCUCUUUCCUCUAUUUUCGUGCUGUGAAUUUACUUUUACAAUGGCCUCUAAUCAAUGUCAUUAGAGUUAAAAGAUCACUGAACUUGUACACGUUUGAAUUGAAAAUAUAUAUCACGUAAAACCUAGUAGUUCACAGAAAGGCCCUAGAAACAUAGAAUUUCAGCAUCUGCAUUCCAUAAUGACACUUUUUUAACAUCUUCAGUUUCUGGUGGCAGGUGCUGCCAGAGAAUCAAGUUGCACUCAUGUAUGUAAGUAUCAAACCAUAUAAAAGGGGGUCUUGUGCAUUUCAAGUUUGCAAGGCACCUGUGUACUUAAAAAUCUGUAUGGAAACUUACUGUACAGUAGCUUGGCCUCUUUAAUUGGGGUACAUUAAUCUUAAGGUAUUUAUCUACUCACGCAAACCCCAAACUGAAGAUACUCAAGGGGCCUUAGGUAGCUGCCAGUAAAUUAUUUUAAUUGCUGUCUUAAAGUUAAUAAGUGUUAUGAUGAAAUUGUUUACGCAAUGCUAAAUAAAGGCUAUAUAAUGUU